UUAUUUAUUUAUUUAUUCAAUUUAUAUACCGCCCCAUAGCUGAAGCUCUCUGGGUGGUUUACAACAGGAGGCCUACAUGAAUUUCCUGGGAACAGAGGAGGAACUUCCAGGCAGUUCACAGAGCCAGAUCUACAAACAAGCCCAACAAAAUGGUGAUAGGGAUAUAAAUAUUCUGGCCAGUGCACAGUAUCCCUCCUGGAAGGCUCUGAGAUCCGUAUGCUCCUCACGAGGAUUUACUAGCCACGGUGGCUAUGUUCUCCUUCCAGGGUCGGAGGCAGCAUGAUUCUGAAUCCCAGUUGCUGGGGACCGCAAGGGGGAGAAAGCUUUGAUCAUGCAACCUGACCUCCCCUCCCGCCUGGAAGAAGGGAUGUAUCACCCGUUUCCUAAACAAGGUGACGGAUUCCCAGGCCAGGAUUCAGUUCUGCAGGGAUGGAUCGAGAAGUUAAAGGGAUGAAGGAGCAAAAAAUGGAAGCCCCAGAACUAGAAAACAGAGCUGGAAAUGCAACCAGUGCAGUUGAGCCUGAAUAUAUGUCUGAGCGACCAGGAUGGGGAGCAUCGCAAGGGGGCAAAGGGCAUCCUUGCAAGGGGAUGCCAGAGCGCUGGGAAGCCCAAUGGCAGGAGUUCCUGAAGACCCUGCAGCCCAUUCAGACAGGAGGAGGCAGCACACCAGUGGUGCCUGAGUCUGGUCCCUGGGAAGAUGCCAAGGCCUUCCUGGCCUCCUUCGAGCAAGUGGCCAAAGCCUGCCGGUGGCCCAGAGGAGAGUGGGUGGCCCGGCUGCUGCCUGCACUGAGCGGAGAAGCGGAAGAGGCCUUCAGGAGCCUGGAAGCCGGAGAUCGGGAGGACUAUGGGAAGGUGAAGCUGGCCAUUGUACGAGGGGAUGCCCUGAGGAUGGAGGUUCAGCGCCAGCACUUCAGGCAAUUCUGCUGUGAGGAGGUGAAGGACCCCCGAAGGGUCUACAGCCAGCUGCAGGAGCUUUGCCACCAGUGGCUGAAGCCGGAGAGACACACCAAGGAGCAGAUCCUGGAGCUGCUGAUCCUGGAGCAGUUCCUGGCCAACCUCCCGCCGGAACUGCAGGGCUGGAUCCGAGCAGGCGGGCCGGAGACGUGUUCCCAGGCGGUGGCCCUGGCGGAGGAGUUCCUGAGGAGCCAGCAGGAGGCCAAGACUGAGGUUUGGCAGGGACUGAUGAAUCUCAAGGAAAUGGGUGUCUCUUUGCAGACAGUAAAGCGGAGUCUGACCCAGCCAGGCCAACAGACCAUGGUCUGGCAAGUCCUGCAAGAGGAGGAUGGUGAGAACCAAGAUUUGCUGGGUGAUGGAAAGGAAAACCAGAUUAAGCUGGAGAACGCUCAGUGUGGAGGAAGUUGGCCAACAGACACAAACUGGACUGCCUCAGAAAGAAGCCCUGGCAACGUUCUGGUGGCAGCUGAGAUGCAGGAGGAAGGAGAUGACUCCAACAUGCAAGAGGUGAUGCAGCCAGUGGAGAGAGAGAAUGGCUGUGGUAAGCUCAGAGGAAGUGUUCCAGCUGCAAUUAAAGAGCCUUCCAAAGUAGACAAAAAAGGGGAAAUGCCCUUGUUCUCAAAGUACGGCAGGAGGUAUCACUACAGAUCAGAACUUCUUAUGAAGCAUGUAAGCGGAGACUACAAUGAAUGUCCCCGAUCAGAGGAAAACAUCCAGCAAAAUUUAUACUUUGAUGAACCUCAGAGAAUCGUAAGAGGAGAGGAAGAAUUUGGAUUCUCUGAGGAUGGGAAAGGAGGUGAUGUGACCAGACAUCAGAGCCCCCAUGGAGGAAAUUGGCCAGAGGACACACCCAGUAGCGUUCCACAGAUAAGCCAUGGGAAUGGGCUGGAAAUGGUUCAAAUUCAGGAGGGAGAAGACGAGUCCAAAAUGCCUGAGGGGAUACAGCCAGGGCUGAGAGAGAAUGAAUGUGCUAAGCUCACAGAAGGUGUUCCAGGUACCAUGAGAGAGCCUUGCAUAGUAGACACAAGGGGGGAGAUGCCCUUGUUCUCCAACUAUGGCAGGAGGCAUCGCUACAUACCAGAACUUGCUACGAGGCAAACAACGGAGAACCAGAAUAAGUGUCCCACAUCAAAGGAAGAAGUCCAGCAACAUCAGAGAACCAUAAGAGGAGAAAGAAAAGAUGAAUUAUCUGAAGAUUGGAAAGGAAGUUACUUGACUAGAUGUCCGAGUCGCCAUAUAGAAGAGGAGUCUAAUAACUCUUCUGCAUGUGGGAAUAGCUUUAGUUAUGCAAAGUCACUAAACAGAAAUCAUGGAAUUCAAAGUGGAGAGAGACCCUAUGAAUGUUCUCACUGUAGGAAAUGCUUCUCUUCUAGAGAAGCAUUAAUCAGACAUCGGAAAAUUCAUACUGGAGACAAACCGCAUGAAUGUUCUCAGUGUGGAAAAAGGUUCAUUCGGAAAGAAAAUUUAAGGAGACAUCAGAAUAUUCAUACUGGAGAGAAACCACAUGAAUGUUCUCAGUGUAGGAAGCGCUUCAGGCGGAGAGAACACUUGAAGAUUCAUGAGCAGCUUCACACGGGAGAGAAGCCGCAUGAAUGUCCCCAGUGUGGGAAAAGCUUCGCUUCAAGAGAAGCAGUAAUGAGGCAUGGGAAAAUUCAUACUGGAGAGAAACCAUACAAAUGUUCUCGUUGUGGGAAAUGCUUCUGUCACAAAGUGACUUUGAACAGGCAUCAGAGAACUCAUACUGGAGAGAAGCCAUAUUCGUGUUCACAGUGUGGUAAAUGCUUUAGCGAGAGAAGUGAUGUGAAGAGGCAUCAGAUAAUCCAUACUGAAGAGAAACCAUACGAAUGUGCUCAGUGUGGGAAAUGCUUCCGUGGCAAGGCAAAUCUGAACAGACAUCAGAGAAUUCACAGUGGAGAGAGGUGUUCUCAGUGUGGGAAGUGCAGCAGUGAGAGAGAGAAAAGAUUUCAUGAAAGACAGAAUUCAUACUGACUGUAUAGAUAUUCUGGAUGUGGGAAAAGCUUCAGUUGGAGUCAUCAGGGACCCCAUACUGGAGAGAAAGCAAAUGGCCAGAGAGUGGGAGAAACAUUUACAUUAAAAAAAUGUCAUGAACGACAGAGACCUUCUGAAUGUCCCGAGUGUGGGAGGAGUUUUGUUUGGACAAAUAAAAUGAAUAAGCAUCACACAGUCCACGAAAGGUAGUGAUAGAGUGUGUGGUUGGCAACUAUUUGUCCUAGAGGCCCAUUUUGAGAAACGAGUGAGGGGGUGUCUACUACCCCACUGCCUAAGUUGGCCUUGUGUCAGGUUCUGUUGUCACAGAUUCCCCUUUCUUCUUAACCUCUGGAUUAGGAUGAGGGCAGUCAGUAGGCAUCCCUCAGUUCCUGGCCCCUAUUUUAAAUUCUACACCAAAUGUUUUAAUAGUAAAUGUCAACUUAUUACCCAGCUACAAUCCUAAGCACACUGACUGUAGCAUAAAGCUUGUGGAGCCUUAGGAGGACAAAUAUUUAGGAGUAAAUCUGUCCCAGAUGAAACCAUUCUUCCUUUUGUCCUUUUUCUGAAGAGGACCUCGGGAAUGCUGGUCCAGGGGGGAUGCAGAAUCACAAUAUGCGGAUUAGAACAAUUGUUGUUAUAAACACCAGAGAGAAUCUCUUCACAAAAACAUACCUCAUUAUAUGUAAGAAAACACAAAUUGGAAAGAAAUCUGCUGGAGAAGCUUCCAAAUGGGAGCCGAUUUGGGUGGACGUUAGGAUAGAUGUGCAGAAGAAAACAUGAACUAUGUUAAGAGUGUUAUGGUAAUGAACUCUCUGUCUCAGCUGUCGCCAUCUACAGUAUGGGGGGACACACAAUAUUUCUUAGCCUCCCAUCCCUCCCCAUCUAGCAUCUGCUUUGCAUGCAGAAGGUCCCAGGUUCAAUCCCCGGCACCUCCAGGGAGGGCUGGGAAAGGUUCCCUGCCUAAAACUCUGGAGAGCUGCUGCCAGUUAGUGUAGACCCUACUGAGCUGGAUCAACCAUUGGUCUGACUUUGUGUAAGGCAGCUUCCUACGUUCCUACAAUAUUAUUGGACAGCUCCCUUGCAGCAGUAAGCAUUCACACGGAAUUCUUCCCAAACUAAAAAAGAGCAUGAAACUCUUUGUCUCUACUCUGUCUGCAUUGUGUGUGUGUUUGUAUGUGGGGUUAACAAUGCUGCCAAAGUUAUGCGUGCUAAAGAGAGAUACCAAAGGCUUCAAAAAUAGCAAGGAUCUUUUGAAGACCUAAGGAUUCUCCAUCUCUUAUUUUUAUGUCUGUGUUUUCCACAAACCAGCCUUACACCAGAUAGAGGAGCAGGGGGGCUACCAUAUAGAUAGGGAACCCUUUUCAGCCCUAGGGCUACAUUCUCGUGCCCGGGGUGGGUGGAGUCAGAGGCAAAAGUGGGUAGAGCAUGAAGCCAAGUGGGUAGAACCAUGAAUGCAGCUCUUAAACUUUGUACACCAUGCUACGUCAGCCACAUGAAAAGCCAGAGGUUUCUACACAGACACACCUCUCUGUUCUCCAUCCACACGAGCAAGAGACUUUCCGUGCAAGCAGAAGCACUUGAGGCAAGAGUAAAACUGGCCCAGUAGGGUGGGCAGAGGAGAGGAAGUGUGGCCUGAGGAGAGUCCUGGGGGCCAGAAAAUGAGGCCUGGAGGGCCACAUUUAGCACCGAGGCCUGAGAAUCCCCACUGCUGGCCAACGUGUACCUAUGUUGGUCAGUUGUAGUUUCCUUUCCUGGUUACUCAUAAUGAUUCUUACAAGUGAUCAAAUGUGCUGCUCUUGGCUGUGACCACUUCCAAGUGUAAAAAGGCCUUUCACAAAUUGCCUUCUGGUCACCCCCCUCAUAGCAGCAGUAAGCCAUAAAGGCUCCUUCCAGUCUGCCUCCCUGCAAUCAAAGAAACACUGAGGCGAUAUCCAAAACAAACAUUUAUUGCACAUUAAAAAGUCAUGGCUUUCCCAAAAGAAUCCUGGGAAGUAUAGUUUGUGAAGGAUGCUGAGAAUUGUUAGGAGACUCCCUAUUCCCUUCCCAGAGCUACAGUUCUCAGAAUUCUCUGGGAAGAGGGUUGACUGUUAAAUCACUCUGGUCAUUAGAGCUCUGUCAGGGGAAUAACGGUCUCCUCUCAGCACCCUCCACAAACUACACUUCCCAGGAUUCUUUGGGGGAAGACAUGACUGUUUAAAGUGGAAUAAAUGUCUGGUGUGGAUGUGGCCUGAGUCUUGUCACUCUAUAAAUAGGAUGCUCGCUUCCAAUGACUCAGCCCAAGAUGACUUACCCUGGACCAUUAUUCUACUCUGCCCUCAAAACUAAGGCCACAUCCACACUAUACAUUUAAAGCAGUAUCAUGCCACUUUAAACAGUCAUGCCUUCCCCCAAAGCAUCCUGGGAGCUGUAAUUUGUCAAGAGCUCUGAGAGUUAGGAGACCCCUAUUUCCCCUCACAGAACUGCAAUUCUCAGAAUUCCCUAGAAAGGGAACUGACCGUUAAACCACUCUGAAAUUGUAGGGGAAUUGUUAGGUAUCUCCU